UAAAGGAAUAGUCGAAUAGAUAUGCAAACUUUCAAUGUAAUUCUUAUGCUGUUUGCUGCAGUAUCUGCCCAACAGCCGAACUACGAAGGAUAUCAAGUCUUGAGUGCAAUUCCAGAAAACGACUCUCAUUUAAAAUUAUUGAAAGAUUUAAACGUUAAAGAUGGAUUAGAUUUCUUGAAAAUAUCAACAAGAUUUGAAACUCCAGCCGAAUUUCUUGUACCGAGAGAUCAAAUUGAAAACGUUUUUGAAAGGCUGUCUAUAAAUGGCUUGAAAUAUAAUAUCAUCUCCAGCAACGUUGCAGAGGACUUGAAAAAAUCUUUUCAAUUAAGAAACGACGAACCAAGAGUAUUUGGUCUUGAUAAAUACAAUACUUUCGAGGAUAUUCUUUCAGGUCUUGAUGAUCUACUACUUAAAUGCCCUAGUAGCGCUUCCUGCGUUCUCGAAGAUAUUGGACUUACCCCCGAAAAUAAACCUAUUAGAUUAUUCAAAAUAGUUAAACCAUCACAAAGGAAAAUUGUCUGGUUCGAUUCAGCAAUUCACGCUAGAGAAUGGUUAGCACCCGCCACAAAUCUCAAAUUAUUGGACGCAAUUCUAUCGCAAGAAGACCCUAAUGCCGUUAGUCUACUCAAUAAAUAUGAUUUCUAUUUCUUAAUAAUAAUGAAUCCAGAUGGUUAUAGCUUUUCUUGGGAGAGUCCCGACAAUAGACUCUGGAGAAAAAAUAGAACUCCCAACCCUGGUUCAGUUUGUCGUGGUACUGAUUUGAACAGAAAUUUCGAUGUUAAUUGGAUGAAUGAUGGAACGUCUACUGAGCCGUGUUCAGAUGUAUUCGGAGGAUCGUCCGCUGCAUCCGAAACAGAGACUCAAAAUGUUCAGAAUUACCUAAGAUCGAUUGGUAGCAGAGUAAUUGCGCUUACUUCAAUUCACUCUACCGCUCAAAUGAUUCUCCUUCCCUACGGUCAUACUGACAGUAAUGAAGAAUGCGCUAUACCAGCCGAUCAUGAAAAACAACUUGCUGCUGGUAACGCUUUUGCAGAUGCCAUUGAAAAUACGUAUGACACGAUCUGGGAGAGAGGAACUGGAUGUAGCACUAUUUGUAAGUAGAGCAUUAGAUAGACCUACAACAAAGCUCUUAUGUCUAACAACAAAUAUUUCUUUAAUUAGAUCCAGUAUCAGGAUCAAGUAUGGAUUAUGCAUACGAUAAAGCUGGUAUAACUUAUACUUUCACACCGGAACUUCGUGGUCCAGGAUUCGAUCCUCCAGCAUCAGCAAUAACACCAAGUUUUACCGAAAUUUGGAAUGGUUUCGUUGCAGCAAUUGCUAAAAUAGAAGAAAUAGAAGGAAUGAAUUAAAUUUUAAAGAGAAUUUAAAUAAAAGUAUCUAAAAAUUCUAAUUUA